AUGCCUUAUGGGUUAUUGUGAAAAACAGUUCUCGAGAUGAUAUCGAACGAUGUGCAUUGAAAUUGUUUAGAAUGAAGAGCUGCAUUGGUAAACGUUGACGUAGUUUUAAAAAUAGACACUAAAGGAGGACCUGUAAUAUAUGUAAAUUCAUUGCAUUGUGCGCCUUUGUCUUAGCGGUAAUGUUUUCUCUCGCGAUUAAAAAAUAAUUCGGUCAGUGGAUUUUCAUACGAAAUAAGACAUUUCGAAGAAUAUAUUAGCGAAAUUCAGUAACGAAAAACCAAUAAAGUGGAACUGAAAAUUUCGUGAACAAUGUUUUACGAUUAUUUUUUUGGGCUUUUAAUUUAAAUUUAAAUUAAGAAGUGUGUCCCGCAAAGCUUUAUUAUGCAACAUCUCUUUAUAGAAGCAUACAAUUCUUAAUUUUUCUGUAACUAAUGUCUUUGGAAAUAUAAAAAUUGAUUAACAAUUUCAAGAAGUGCCGCAGUUUUCAAAAAAUUCUGCGAAAAUGGAGAGCGUUGACAAUAUUUUAGUCAUAAAUCAAGAAUUUUCUGCGGAUUCGCCUGAUUCUAUAACAUUAUCGAGAGGGGAUCUAGUAGAAGUUUUAAAGACAAGUGAGAGUAAACCAUUUCCAAAAGGAAAAUUGCGUGACUUGAAGCCUGAGCUUAAUUCGAGAUGGUAUGUGAGAUUAUUUGGAUCAAACGAGAAUGGCAAAGAAGGCUGGAUUCCAACCAACAUAAUAGAUUUUUCCAAUGACUCUGUAUCUAUAUUUGGAAAUAAAGGUGAUGAUCCUGCUUUUCGAAGAAUAGCUACCGUUAGAGAACUUAUUGAAACGGAAGAAGAGUUCGGCAGAGACUUACAGAACAUAGUAGAUCGAUACAUUAAACCUUCUGACAAAGCUUCUGUUCCACGAAUUGUUCGCGAUAGCAAGGACAUUAUUUUUUCAAAUUUUCAACAAAUUGCAGAAUUUCAUAACUUAGUUUUGCUAGAGGGACUUAAAUAUUAUUCAGAGCAACCGAAUAUGAUAGCAAAAACUUUCCUUAGACUUGAGAGAGAUUUCGACAAACAUGUUAAAUAUUGUGAAACCGAACCUAUCGCCCAGGCAUUUCUCGCAGAAAACAAAGAAGCAAACGAAUAUUUCCAGCAACUAUCAAACUUGAUAGAGGACGACAAGCGCUUAAGUGAACACUUGAAGUUACCGAUUCAACGAAUAAAUGAUUACCAGUUUUUACUAAAGGAAUUAAUAAAAUACUCACAGACAGUGUCAGAAAAUACUAAAGACUUACAAAAGGCUUUGGAAUUAAUGCUUAGCGUUCCCAAUAGAGCACUUCAUAACAAAUUUUUAUCUAGUAUAGAGGGAUAUAGAGGUAAUAUUUAUAAACUUGGACGAUUAUUAAACCACGACUGGUGGACUAUUCGAGAUUCUGCUCAGAAGUCACACGAUCGAUACUUAUUUUUAUUUAAAUCGAGGAUUCUAGUAACUAAAGUAAGAAAAAUAAGUGACGAACGAUCUAUUUUUAUUUUACAAAACGUUAUAAAACUACCUGAGUGUAAUGUUGAAAAUAAUGCCGUCGAAAAUCUGUUACGCAUAGAAGAAAAGCAAGGAAAAAAAGAUGCAUUUUUACCCCUUGUAUUGAGCCCACACCGAAAAGAAAUUCGCGAAAAAUGGUUUCAAGAAAUUAUUUCGCACCGUGAUGAUGAUUCGACAUUGCAAGAACACUUGGCUGACGAUCUACGUGUGGAUGCAACUCAAGUACUUCAUGAAAACGAAUUACUUCUCCACUUGCCACAGAAAGCUGAAGCUCAUAAUCCCUAUUCUGGAAUAAAAGCCUCAGACGUAGCCCAAGAUUGCUAUUUAACUGAAGAGGAGAAGGCAAAAUACUGCGAGGACCAUAAUUUAACGCUUAAGGUUAAAAAUGAUUAUCGUGGGGAAAGGAAGAUAUUGGAAGAGACUGUUCAAUCAUCUUGUAAAUCUGAGAACGUUUUGAUAGACACUACAGCAAGUUGCAUAGAUGUAAUUAAAGAAAAGGUUUCAUCUCUGUUGACUGAAACAACAGAUUCUACAAAUAUUUCGCAUGAACAAAUAACAAUUGAGCGAAAUUCUAGUCCAAACCAACAGAAAAGGGAUGAAUCGACCGAAAAAACAGAAUCGAUUAAUAAAAAAAGCGAUUUCACUGAAAUCACCCAACACUCAAUUGAUAUCGAAUUGAGAUCCGAUGAAAAGAAAGAAGCCGUUGGUAAGGACAGCGAAAUAGUGAAUACUACACCUAUUGAUAGUUCAUUCAAACCAUUGCCAUUGAUACAAAUUAAUGAAACACCUAAAAAAGUAGAUACAAAUAAACCAAUUACUCUAAAUGAUAUUCCUUUUUAUAAAGAAUCGUCCAAAUUAACAUAUAAUGUGACGAAAACUGCAGAUGACAAUAAUAGUUCAAGCCAAAAUAAGAAUGUUACUAACAUUAGAGAUAGUACAUCUCUUCAGCAAUGGUCUAAUACUUUAACAAACCUUAUCAGUACGCCAUAUCAAGGUGGAGGAGCUGCAGACCCUCCUCCGCCUUUACCACCGAACGUUCAUCGCAUGCCUGGCUUCUUUGAACCGCUUCCACGCAUAUCAUACGAAACUACUAUAGAAAUACUAAUUGUUAAAACUCGGCCGCCAUCGCCUCCCCAUCUACCGCAAUCCAUAAAAAAGCUAAUACUUCAUAAUGAAAGUUUAGAACAGAAAUCAGAAAAUUUUUUAAAAGGCAUUUACGAUUCACAAAGCUUUGAUACUUCUAUUCAUACCGCUAAACAAAAAUUACGCUAUAUUAAAAGUGCAGUAAUAAAAUCCACUGAUUCUACUAAAUAUGCUACAGAUACAGUUAAAAAAGCUAAAGCUCGUGAUUUUUUACAUAUAUUUACUCCCCCACUAAAAAACAAAAGACCCAUCUACGAGAUCGUGGAAAUUCCAUUAACUGAAAACCAAUCCCAAGACCAAAUUGAAGAUAUUAAUGAGCAACGCAAGGAAUUAGGCACAGAGAUUGAAGUAACAGACCAAAAUAUUGCCAGAAUGGAAGACUAUAUGUCUGGAUAUUCCUCUAAAUAUUCGAGAAGACGUGCUGAACUGAGUGCGACAUCACGGGAUUACGGCAGAGGAUCUUCAUACGACAAUUACAGCGACAAUUUGGGAAGUACUGCAAGCUCAAGAUUGGAAAGAAGAAAACAAGAAGAUCACAGAUCUAUAUUUUCGUCAAGUCGUGCCGAGAGCAGAACAGAAGACCGUUAUGGGUCCAGAAUUGAAACACGAUCGUCUUCUCGAAUGAUGGAGGAAAGUACUUUAAAAUCUGUAGAAAAGCCCAUUAUAACCAGAGCAGCUAAAAGCGUUCAAGUCCAACCUGGUGAAACUGCACAUUUUGAAGUGCAUUUCGCCGAAAAGCCAGGAUUAGUGACUUGGCUAAAAGAUAAUAAACCAUUGGAAGAUAAGCUUGCCGACCGCGUUAUCCAAACAGAGGCUACGAUGAAUUCGUAUCGUUUGGAUAUCAAAAACUGCAGUGAAUCCGACUCCGGAACAUACACAGCAAAAGCAACAUCUGGCAUUGAAAGUACAACGUGUUCCGCUCAGCUAGCAGUGGGUCAGAUUCCCGGACAUGAUGAAUCAAAAACAAAUGUGGCGCCAGUUUUCCUUGUGCGGCUCAAAGAUAGUGAAAUGCUUGAACAGUCGCUUUUCCGGUUUAUGAUUAAAGUGAUGGGGGAUCCAAGACCCCGAGUAAAAUUUUUUAAGGACGGAAAAGAAAUAUUGGAGGACGAUAACCGAAUUCAAAUCAAUCGGGAAAAAGAUUACUUGGGAUACUAUGAACUGGUUUUGAAUGAUGUGCAAAAAAUAGAUGCUGGCCUUUAUACUUGCAAGGCUACAAACAAAUAUGGAGAAGUUGAAUGUGAAGCAACGGCAACUACUGUAGAGGACAAAAAUCCAUUUGGAUCUUUGAGUGGUCAAAUUCUUCCGCCUGGAGAAAAGGCAACAUUCGUGUGGAAGCGUAAUGGCGCCGAGUUUGAUCCGGAAGAAAGAUUCAAGGUUUUGUUCGGCGAAGAUGAAGAUUCAUUGGCCCUAGUAUUUCAACACGUUAAACCAGAAGAUGCUGGAAUUUACACAUGCGUAGCCCAAACCUCUACUGGCAAUAUUUCAUGCAGUGCCGAACUUUCUGUUCAAGGAGCGAUACAAACAUUGAAUAGAGAACCAGAGAAGCCGUCUUUGAUUAUCGACCAUCGCGAAGCUAACGCAAGUUUAGGAGGAACAGCAAUUCUUGAAUUACAAUGCAAAGGCUUCCCUAAACCAGGAGUUCAGUGGAAACACGAAGGUGAAGUUAUUGAAGUAGGUGAAAAACAUAAGAUUCUCUAUGCCGAUGAGGAAAGCAUGUCCUUAGUUAUUAAAAAUGUUACAACGGAAGACGCCGGUGAAUAUACCAUUCAAGCAAUGAACGAAUUGGGUGUGGAUGAGUCAUCGAUAAGCCUAGUUGUGAAAGCUGGACCUAAAAUCAAGAAAAUUAAUAAUGUAACUUGUUUUGCUGAGGCAACAAUCCAAGUGGAGAUGGAAGUCGAAGGUUAUCCAAAGCCUAUUAUUAAUAUAACAAAUAACGGCAGAGAUAUUAUUAACGAUAAAAACGUUAAAGUUUCUAGUAGUUCAAUAGGAAAAAGUACAGAGAAAAUUGUGUUAGAAAUUUCUAACAUAGAGUUGAGCCAAAGUGGAAACUAUUCAAUUCGAGCUACCAAUGAUUUAAGUCAAUCAUCUGAAUACUGGCAGUGCAUUGUUAAAUCAAAACCAAUUAUUGUAAAGCAUUUAGAAGAAGAGUACGUUUAUGGGGAGAAGGAGACUGUCAUCAUGAGUGUUAAAAUAGAUGCGUUUCCGGAGGCUAAAGUUCGGUGGUACCAAGAUGGAAAUGAAAUUAAUGUCACUAAUAGCAAAAAAUAUAGCACUUCUGUUGAUGGAAAUGAAUACGUGCUUAAAAUAAAGGAAGUAUCGCGCGUUGAUUCUGCUAUAUACACAGUAAAAGCUGAGAACGAACAUGGCUCCGCAUCCAGCGAAACAAAAUUAUUAAUAAAAUGCACUCCAGAAAUCACAAAGAAGCUGACAAAUAUUACAGUUACUGAGGGUGACUGCAAUGUGGAGUUGGAAGUUCGUGUCAAUGCUUAUCCGGAACCUAAAAUUACGUGGUAUAUAGAUGGUAUAGAGAUCGAUGAAAAAAGAAAAGAUUUUCGUCGCAUUGAAGAGAAUAAUACAUACAAACUAGUGCUGAAAGAAGUCAACACAUCAAUGCAUGGCACAUAUUGCUGUAAAAUUAUGAACGACUACGGCAGGCUUGAGAAUGAGUGCCAAGUAACAGUAAACUGCAAACCGAAAAUUAGGAAACCAUUAAAGGAUACUGAAGUACAGGCAAAUGGAACACUUACUUUGGAAACAGAUAUUUAUGCAGUACCUGAGCCAACUGUUAAGUGGUUUAAAGAUGGAAGCGAAGUUCAAGCUGAUGGACGCGUAAAAAUCGCACGAGACUCGUAUCGCACUGAGGAUUAUUCUUUAUCGCUUACGAUUUGUCAGCCAAAGGAUGCUGGUACUUACGAAGUAAAAGCUAUAAACAGCAUUGGAGAGAGCCAGUCGCAGUGCAAAGUGCUUGUUUUAAAGGAGCUAGUCACAAAAGACGAAGUUGAUGCAGAAACAGAAACAGAACAAAACGUGGAAAACGGGGCAAUUCCUGAGAUCCAGCAUGCGGACAUUUUGGAAAAACACAGUUUCGAAUCAGUGCCAUUAAAAUAUGAGAUUAUUGCUAAAGGCAUCCCCAAACCAGAAGCUGUGUGGUACCAUGACGGCAAGCCAAUUCAAGCGGACGCACAUGUUGCUACUAUCGUUGACGGAGAUAAAUAUAGACUGGAAAUCAAAGAACUGCAGCUUAGUGAUGCCGGUGAAUAUAAGGUGGUAAUCAAAAAUAAAGUUGGAGAAAAGUCAUUACAAGGCGUUCUUUCCUUGUCUGGUGUUGCCGAGUACCGAAAACCUAUUCUAAAGAGUGGCUUACAUGAUAUUACCACUCAUAAAGGAGAAUCGUUAGCAAUUCCAAUCGUAUUCACAGCAGAUCCUCAGCCUAAAAUUACUUGGCUUAAAGAUGGAAAACCAUUGAAAGAGCAAGAAAAUAUCAAAAUAAAUGAGACUGUAAAGGAGAUCGAAAAUGGUCUUAAAGAAUACACAUAUACUCUAAAUUUUGAUGAAAGUCAACACAAGGAUUCUGGACGCUACGAAUUGCAGAUACAAAAUAAAUAUGGAGAAUUAAGUACCAGUGGUUGGAUUGAUGUUUUAUCUAAGCCAGAAAUUAUCGGCCUUAAAGAUCAAAGUUGCCUUCCAAAUGACACUAUUGCUUUCGAUGUCAUAGUUCAUGCGAAUCCAAAGCCUAAAGUUACAUGGACUCGAGGAAAUGAGAAUCUUUGUAACAAUGAAAAUUGCGAAGUUAUUGCCGACAUAGAUGCCGAUAAAUAUAGACUAGUGUUCCAAUGUGUAAAGCCUGCGGAAGAUGGAUUGUAUACGCUGACUGCAGUCAAUGACCAAGGCACAACUUCAACGAGCUUCAAACUUAAUGUAAAAGUCGAAAAGCCAACAUUUGUAAUCUUACCGGACGACCAAUCAGUACUGGACUAUCACCCGGCCAUAGUUGAUGUUUUAGUUCAUGGCAUACCAAAGCCAACUAUUGAAUGGAAAAAAGGAGAUAAGACGAUUCAGGAUGGAACAAAGAGCGAAAAGGGCAGCGAAGAACCGUAUAAAAUACAAUACUCCUCCCCAGAUACAGAUCAAUUAGGCAGCAAAUUGCAAAUAUCUCAUUUCAAACCCACCAAUGCUGGCACGUAUGUUGUUGUUGCUAAAAACGAAAUUGGUUCCACCGAGGUGCAGUUUAAACUUUCUUUGUUGGAGUUAGCUCCAUCAUUCGAGUCCAAGUUCGAUAAUGCUAAAGAAGUACAACAAGGAGAAGAUCUCGUUUUACAAUGUAAGGUGGCCGGAAGUCCUCUUCCUCUGAUACGUUGGUUCAAGGAUGGUGAAGAAUUGAAACCAAGUGAACACGCAAAACUCUCCUCCUCGCCCAGCGGUAUUAUAAAAUUGGAAAUAUCAAAUAUUCAACCAAUUGACUCUGGUGCAUACAAAGUAGUCAUCUCGAACCCACUUGGCGAAGUUUCGUCUUUAUGUGCAGUUGCUGUAAAUCCUGGAGCACAACAGCCGUCCUUCGUCAAACCACUAGGAGAUGUUAAAGUUUCUGUUGGCGAACCUUUAAAAUUAGAAGCGCAAGUAGUUGGCUUCCCUGCACCGGAAAUAAAGUGGCUGAAAAAUGGAAUUGCUCUACGUCCAAGCAAUAGCAUCAAUUUCAUAAACAACCCGAAUGGACUCAUUGGUUUGAGCAUUGAUGAAGUGCAGCCUCAAGAUGCUGGGUUAUAUAAAUGUUUGAUAGUAAACAAAGAAGGCGAAAUGGAAGGAAGCUCUAUGGUAACUGUAGUUCCGAAGGAGAAAGAACCGGAGUUUAUAACAGAGAUACAUGACACCAAUUGCAUUGAAGGAUUCCCUGUAAAAAUGCAAAUAAAAGUAGCUGCCAAUCCCCCACCAAGUGUUAAAUGGUUCCAUAAUGGCCAAGAAAUUCUUCCUGCCAAGGGUCAAUACACCUUUAUAGAAAAUCCUGAUGAUACUUGCAGCAUGGUUAUUGAAGAAGCCACAUUGAAAGAUUCUGGUUUAUAUGAAGUAGUUGCCUCAAAUGUAAAAGGUGCGGCCUCUUCUAAAGCAAGAUUGCAUGUCGCUUUGAAAACAGAUGAAUCAAUGCCAGAAGAACCUCCUCAAUUUGUAUCGUCUCUAAGGGAUGUAAAUGCAAAUGAAGGAGAUGAGAUGAAUAUAUCUGCAGCAUUUGUGGGCAAUCCCAUACCAGAAGUUAUUUGGUCAAAAGACGGAAGCCCUCUCUCCAAUGGUGACCGCUUCUUAAUUGCUUGUGAUGGCAAACACGUUAGUCUAAAUAUAAAUCCCGUUGAAGCGAGUGACUCGGGCAUAUAUAAUUGCCUCUUAGCUAAUCCUUUGGGCGAAGAUUCCUCAGCUUGCGAGGCUAACGUAAGAAAAGUUUACAAAAAACCUCUAUUUACUCAAAAGAUAUGCGAUCAACAGCAAUUAAUUGGCACUGAUGCAAAAAUAGCCGUCACCGUUUCUGGUGUACCAUAUCCAGAGCUAUCAUGGUACUUCCAAGAUAAACCAAUUACAGCUGACGAUAAAUAUCAUAUAGUUAACGACGGUGAUAACCAUGCAUUAAUAAUAAGAAAUUGCCAAAUGAACGAUCACGGUGUUUACAAAUGCGUCGCCAAAAACAGGGAAGGCUCUGAUGUUACACAAGGCCGGAUGGAUAUAGUGAAUGAACUGAAAAAACACGUUCGCUCUGAGCCUCCAGCAUUCCUAAAGAAAAUUGGUGAUUGUGAAAUUUAUCCUGGAAUGACCGCAAAAUUUACAGCAUGCGCUACAGGAAGUCCGGAACCUGAAGCAGAAUGGUUUAAGAAUGACCAAAAACUCUUCCCAAGUGAAAAAAUAACUAUGGAUCACGAACCCAAUGGAUUACUGCGGCUUACUAUAAAAGAUGCUGAUGACACUGACGUUGGCCGCUACUCCUGCCAUAUAUUCAAUCCGUAUGGAGAUGAUACAUGCCAUGCACAUCUACUAUAUGAUGAAAUUGACGACCACAGCCGAAAACCUCUUGCAGAGCAAUAUAAGGAUUUGAACAAGUACAAAAGGACAGGCGCUCCUACUCCACUUACAGAUAGACCUAUUAUAUCGCGUAUGACUGACAAUACUUUGAGGUUGAGCUGGAAACCAUCGCUGUUAGCAUCACCACGUUAUCCUGUAACAUACCUGGUAGAGAUGAUGGAUUUGCCAGACGGAGAUUGGCGCACUGUUCACACAGGAGUUCGAAACUGCGCAUGCGAUAUUAGGGGACUUGAACCUUUCCGUGAUUACCGAUUCCGUGUACGAGUUAAAAAUAAAUAUGGUGUUAGUGAUCCCAGCCCAUAUGUGCAAACAUACAGGCAAAAAAUAAUACCAGAACAAAAGAAAACUUACACAUACUUGGCACCUGGUGUUGACUUUAGACCGGAAACAUCUCCUUACUUCCCUAAAGACUUUGAUAUCGAGCGACCACCCCACGAUGGACUUGCGCAAGCUCCACAAUUUUUACGACGAGAAAGUGACUCAAUUUAUGGAGUGAAAGGUCAUAACGUCGAGUUAAUGUGGUUUGUGUAUGGAUAUCCAAAACCAAAGAUGACAUACUAUUUUGAUGACACACUCAUAGAACCGGGCGGAAGAUUUGAUUAUAGUUACACACGGAAUGGUCAGGCAACACUCUUCGUAAACAAGAUGCUUGAACGCGAUGUUGGAUGGUACGAAGCCGUAGCAUCGAAUGAGCAUGGCGAAGCUCGACAACGAGUCAAGUUGAAGAUUGCAGAUUUCCCACGAUUCUUGAAGCGACCAGAUGAAACCUUUAUUAUGAUGAGAAAGAACGGACGCUUAGAAGCGCACAUAGUUGGCGAACCUACACCAGAAAUCCGAUGGCAUAAAGACUGGCAACCGUUAGCUGAUAGCUCCCGUAUUAGGACCAAUUUCUACGAACCUAAUAUUUAUGUACUCUCAAUUAAUGAUGCAAUUAUUAAAGAUGCAGGACUAUAUUCAGUCAGUGCGCGUAAUGUGGCUGGGUGCGUAAGCACUUCGGUUAUGGUUCAUAUAGAAGAAGAUGAGGACGCGUACAUAUAUAAAACAUAUGGAAGACAUCCAUACAUUCGUGCAAAACAAAACCGUUAUAACGAUAAAUAUGAUAUCGGUGAUGAACUGGGUCGUGGAACACAAGGUAUCACAUAUCAUGCUGUUGAACGAGCAACUGGUGAUAACUACGCUGCGAAAAUCAUGUACGGCAGACACGAGUUACGACCAUUCAUGCUUAAUGAGCUAGACAUAAUGAAUUCCCUCAAUCAUAAAAACUUGAUUCGCCUACAUGAUGCGUAUGAUCUCGACAAAAAUGUUUCCCUGGUUAUGGAGUUGGCAGCUGGUGGAGAACUUGUUAAAGAUAAUUUACUUUUGAAAAAUUACUACACUGAACGAGACAUCUCAUACUAUAUAAGGCAGUUGUUAUGGGGAUUAGAUCACAUGCAUGAUCACAGUAUAGGUCAUAUGGGACUAACGAUAAAAGAUUUGCUGAUAUCUGUUGUAGGGAGUCGGGAUUUGAAAAUCUCAGAUUUUGGUCUCUCGCGUAAGAUAAACACUCACGCUCUCACAACCUUAGAUUUCGGAAUGCCUGAGUAUGUUUCACCUGAAGUAGUUAAUAAAGAAGGUGUUGGAUUUGCUCACGAUAUGUGGGGAGUGGGAAUAAUAACAUACGUACUACUUAGUGGACGGAAUCCUUUCAGAGGAUGUGAUGACUACGAAACACUAUCAAAUAUUCGUGAAGGACGUUGGGGAUUUAAUGAUUCUAUUUGGUCACAUAUAUCCGACGACGGAAGAGACUUUAUUUCGCGAUUAUUGUCGUAUAGAGCAGAAGACCGCAUGGAUGUGAAAACAGCUUUAAAACAUCCUUGGUUCUUUAUGUUGGAUAGACAACCCACUGAUGAUGAAUAUCAAAUCACAACAGAUCACCUAAGGAGCUAUUAUGAUCAAUUUAGGGAUUGGAGUGGAAACGCCGCAUGUAAACAUUACUUCCGACGUAGGCGACUCAGUGGUUGCUAUACUCAUCCAUCUAGAAUGGUAUAUCCUCCAGGACAUUCAUAUACUCCUGAGGCCACACCGGAACCAUUACCAGAACCGAAGAAACGUUUCACGAAAAGAGAAGACGCAAUGUCCAAAUACUUGCAUCCUGAUUAUGAAUUGGGUCUAAUUCAGUCUGAAAGUCACUACCAAUAUGGACCAGAUACAUAUUUGCUACAACUUCGAGAUGUAAGCUUCCCAGUGAGAUUGCGUGAAUACAUGAAAGUCGCCCAUAGAAGGUCACCAUCCUUUGCCCUAAAUGACAACGUGGAUUGGUCUUUACCUAUCAUUCGAGAGCGUCGUCGUUUUACAGACAUUAUGGAUGAAGAGAUAGAUGACGAACGUGUUCGUAGUCGCAUAAAUAUGUACAGUUCAAAUGAUUCGUUCAGUAUUCGCAGACUUCGCACAGAAUUAGGUCCACGACUCGACGAAUACACUGAAGCGGAAGCUCUAAUUGAAAGUCAAAGAGAAGGAUGCCUUCCAUUCUUCAGGGAAAAACCACAGACUCUUGCAAUUGUUGAAUAUCAACCUGCACACAUUCAUUGCUUUGCAGUUGGUGAUCCAAAACCAAAUAUUCAAUGGUUUAAAAACGAUAUGGUUCUGAUUGAAUCGAAUAGAAUUAAAAUUGUUACUGACGAAGACGGGAGAUCAAUUCUGCGUUUCGAUCCCGCUGUACAUACUGACAUAGGAAUAUAUAAAGCUGUUGCUAGAAACUCACUGGGACAAACUGUGGCAAGGUGCCGUUUGGUUGUUGCUACCUUACCAGAUGCGCCUGAUUCGCCAGAAGUAUCUGGUGUUAGUGGUAAAGACAUUCUUCUUAGGUGGAAACAACCAAGAGAUGAUGGCCAUUCGACAGUUUUGUGCUACAGUUUACAAUAUAAAGAAUUCAACUCGGACAUAUGGACCACUAUUGCGGAUAAUAUUGAUCACGAGUUUUAUCUUGUACAUGACCUUCAGCCCAACACCAAAUACCAAUUUAGACUGGCUUCGCGAAAUCGUAUUGGUUGGAGUGAAAUGGGAAUCCCAUUGACAGCCGAAACAACAUCUGUAAAUUCACCUAAAAUACAAAUAUCAAAGGCAAUGGAACAUUUACAAAAACUAACAGAAAGCGGUCAAGAAAUCGUGCCAGAAGAAGAGCGCGUCCAUACUGACUACCAUUGUGAAUGUGAACCACCAAAUUGGAUAACUGACUCCAACGUAAAUGAAAAAUAUAGUUUCAUCUCAGAAAUACAUAGAGGAGAAUUCAGCACAAUAGUAAAAGGAGUUCAAAAAUCUACAAAUGCAAUUAUUGUAGCUAAAAUUUUUGAUUUAAAUGAAAAUACCGAACCACUCGUAUUAGAAGAAUUUGAAAAUUUCAGGACCUUAAGGCACGAACGGAUUGCAGCAUUAUUUGCAGCAUAUAAGCCAUUGAACGUUCCAUUAGCAAUUUUUGUGAUGGAAAAACUACAAGGCGCUGAUAUACUGACGUACUUCAGUAGUCGCCACCAAUACACCGAACAAAUGGUGGCCACCGUAAUAACUCAACUCUUAGAUGCACUUCAAUAUCUACAUUGGAGAAGUUAUUGCCAUCUCAACAUUCAACCCGACAAUAUUGUUAUGGCUUCUGUACGCUCAGUACAAAUCAAGUUAGUUGACUUCGGAUCAGCUAAGCGGGUUAAUAAACUAGGAACAAAAGUUGCUGCAAGUUGCAUGCUUGACUUCCAAUCUCCCGAGAUGGUUAACGAAGAACCCAUAUUUCCUCAAAGUGACAUCUGGUCCGUUGGUGUAUUGACAUAUCUUUUGCUUUCUGGAAAAAGUCCAUUCCGUGGAGUUGAUGAAUACGAUACAAAGCAGAAUAUAUCGUUUGCCAGGUACCGAUUUGAAAAUCUUUAUAGCGAAGUCACUCCUGAAGCGACCCGAUUCAUCAUGUAUUUGUUUAAACGUCAUCCAACAAAACGACCAUACUCUGAGGAUUGCUUGGAACACAGGUGGCUCAUGUCUUCUGACUACAUGAUUAAAAAACGAGAAAGAGCUAUUUUCCUUGGCAACAGACUUAAGGAGUUCGCUGACAUGUAUAAAGAUAUGAAAGAAAGUCGUGCACAGUCGACCCAAGCUAUUACCCAGUCUUUAAAUGGAGGACCUACCGCGACCCAAUUAUUGCGUUCAAAUAGCAUUCAAGAGGAACUUUAUGCCACAUUCUAACAGUUUUCAGCGCGCAGCUUACAUCACAACAUCCCUUAACUACUUACUUUAUAGAAACUUGACGCAUGUUUACAUUCAAUGUAUAGGGUGCGUGCGAGUACGGCUAAAUUACUACCUAAAUUAUAUUCUACAUAACUGGAAGGUGACGGUAAUACAGUGAAUAGGUAUAAUAAGACUAUUUAUCAACAAAAAUUGAACUGUCAAAUAUAUAUGAGCGAGUGGUGCAAUGAAAACAAUGAAUGUUAAAUUUGAAGUUAAAUUUUUUUAUUAUAAUGGGACCUGUAAAUUAAAAUAUAUUUCGAAUUAUUUUCGCAGAAUAUCCUUCUGUACAUAAAUGUCCCGGUGGAGUGAAUUCAGAAGGUGGCGAUAUCCGCGAACCGUUAUCCUGCCCUGCUAUCUGUGAAUUUGGCAGAAUUAGCUGAUUUACUGACUUAAUAAUUGAAUUUUUGUACUGUUUUUUUUUUGUUGUAUUGUUUUUAAUUUCUAUUGUUGUUCAACGCUUAAACGCCGUUACGUCACAGAAAUACUCUCCCGGAUAUCGCAGCCUUGCAAUCUAUCAUUAUUGAUGCAAAGACACUUUCGAGAAUUCGUGGAUAAUGUCAAAAUUAUUAUAACUUUUGAUUUGUUUUGUUUUUCUAACAAAAAAGUUAAUAUAGAAUUUAAAACUUACUCAUAGAAACUUCACUGUAAGUUCAACUUCAAAUUUUUGGUUCAACAUCCUCCUCUAGUUUGCUCAACGUCCUUCUCUUUUAGUUAAUUGUUUACUAUAUUAUUAAAUCCAAAAGUCAUCAUUAGUUUUAUUAAUUUAUUACAACAAUUGAAUUCAAACUCCGAAGCGAACAACGAUGCGUCAGAAUAAACUCACACAGUUCCCUCGACCGUUUUCCUAAAUUGCAGUAUUGACAAUUUCCAGUGGAAUUUCAAUUAGGUACUCGAACUACAAUUUAGGUUAACUCGCACACAGCCACAUCACGUUUGUACCGCUAUAUAAAAAAUAAACUUUCGUCACAUCUAUAAA